UAGAGUCUUUACAAGGGUCAUGUGCUCUCAGGUGGUGCUGGAGAGGCGGGGGGAGGUCCUAACUCACUUUGAGCAGCAAGGGGAUGAAAUUGGUGACUUUCUGCUGGAGCUCACAGCUUGGGUGCCUGUGCACUUAAUCUUCUGCUUCCUCUUCAAGGGCAGGGCCUGAAGAACCUGACCCCUCCUGCCCUCUCCCAGACCACUGAAUCCUUCCUGUCCAUCCAGCAGUGACCCCCGGUACUGAGGCAGAGCCAGGCACAGGAUGUGGGGCUGCUGUGUCCAUACCAAUCCUGCCACACCCUUUCCUACCCAGGGCGGGCGCUUCUCUAGACCUCAGUUUCUCUGCCCAUGUAAUGGGGUGGUUCUGGGAGGCAGGGUGGGGGUGGGGGGAGGGUUGUAGUUUCCAUGGAGACGCCUGUCUCAACAAGGGACGCCAAAAGGGCCAAAGAAGGGGUCUCAGGGGAGAAACAGACCUCCGAGGGCCUCAGAAGGAACAAGACUCUGUGAAGGGAGUGGAAGGGGGUGAUGGGGUCUUAGCCUGGGGUUCAGGCUCACAGUGGUGACAUCAUCUCAGGUUAUCAGGAUGCAUCUCUUUUCCUCCAGGGUCGCUCUUUCCCUGCAGAGCGCCCAUUCUGAUCCCUCCCCUUUCCUGGAGUGCCCACCCCACCCCAAACCCAGCCCUCCCCAUCCCCCACGCCUGACAGCUUCAGAAAUUAGGGGAAAGGGGACAACAGAAGGGGGUAGGGUGAGAAUGAGUCCUGUAUUGGGCCUGGAGGAGGGAGGAGCCCUUCCUUACCUCAGGGCCCGGCCUCUCCCCUUGUUUGCUCUGAGAUAGCCAGUCUCGCUCGGCCCAGCACCAGCAGGCUGCUCGGUGGGCACUCCCUUCCUUCUCCCAGACCCAGACACUCAGACGGACCAAGAGUUGGCGGGAUGAUGGCCUGGUUCCCGGGGUGCUUCCUCUGCAGGUUCCUGCUGGGCUGGGUCGGCUUGAGUGCCCCCGGGUUGGCUGUGGAGGUGAAGGUGCCCUCCGAGCCCCUGAGCACACCGGUGGGCAAGACUGCGGAGCUGACCUGCAGCUACAGCACCUCGGUGGGAGACAACUUUGCCCUGGAGUGGAGCUUCGUGCAGCCUGGGAAGCCCGUCUCCACGUCCCAACCGAUCCUGUACUUCACCAAUGGCCAGCUGUAUCCAACUGGUUCUAAGGCAGAGAGGGCCAGCCUGCUUCAGAACCCCCCCACAGGAGGAGUGGCCACCCUGAAACUGACCGAUGUCCGCCCCUCAGACACUGGAACCUACCUCUGCCAUGUUAACAACCCACCAGAUUUCUACACCAAUGGGUUGGGGCUAAUCAACCUUACUGUGCUGGUGCCCCCCAGUAGACCCUCAUGCAGUCAGAGUGGUCAGACCUCCGUGGGGGGCUCUGCUGCGCUCAGAUGCAGCUCUUCUAUGGGAGCCCCCAAGCCUGUGUACAACUGGAUCCGCCUUGGAGCUUCUCCUACACCUUCUCCUGGCAGCAUGGUGCAAGAUGAGGUGUCUGGCCAGCUCAUUCUCACCAAUCUCUCCCUGGCUUCCUCGGGCACCUACCGCUGUGUGGCCACCAACCAGAUGGGCAGUGCGUCCUGUGAGCUGACCCUCUCUGUGACUGACCCUUCCAAAGGCCGAGUGGCUGGGACUGUGAUUGGGGUGCUGCUGGGCCUGCUGUUCCUGUCCGUGGCUGUGUUCUGCCUGAUAAGGUUCCAGAAAGAAAGGAGGAAGAGGCCCAAGGAGACAUUCGGGGGGAGUGAACUACGGGAGGACGCCAUGGCACCGGGGGUUUCUGAGCAACCUUUGGAAAGGGAAGAUUCAAGCAAUGGGCUCCUGGGGAGGCCCUCCUCUGCCAGCACGGUGACGACCAAGUCAAAGCUCCCUAUGGUUGUCUGAUUUCUCUCUUGAUCCCUGAGGGGGAAUAUCAGAAAUUAAAGUUUUUGGGUACCAUACUGUCUCUCUCUUCGUUCUGCCAGUUUAGCAAAUUCCUCUAGGCGGCCCAGAGUAUUCCCAGAAGGGAUGCUGUAGGUGGGAAGUUUGGUUCCCAAGGUACCUUCUAAUCUUGGUUCCCCUCCUCCCUUCACCCUUCCACCUCCACUUUUUGGUUUGGCCAAAGGAGACUUGUUCAGGUUUCCAGCGCUCAUGUACCCAAACUCCCUCCCUUCUGGCACCCUCUGAACUCUUGGACAUUCCUCUUUAUUGUUCACAUUCCAACCCAGCACAGUCACAUGCACACACGGAGAUAAAAACCCUCCCGGCCACAGCCCCAGGAGCCCGUGGGGGGCGGGGCCAGAAGGAGCAGGGGCGGGGCCGCGGGAGACUCCUCCUACCGAGCCGCCCCUGCGCUCCGCGUUCGCGUAAACAAGCGGAGAGCUGGAGAGGUGGCUCUCGGGGUACGCUGAGGAGAGGGGAGGGCUGAUUACAGGCAGGCGUGGGGUUGGGGCGUGACAUAGCAACUUCCCUUCUGAUCACCGGCAGGGGCAUCCGACAUCAUAAAAACCCUCCUCCCCUCUCUCCUCGCCCCAAAGUUCUAGACUAGGCUGGGGCGUGAGCGGCGCAGCAGAGACGCAGGGACGCCCCUUUAGCUGCGCGCGGAACUAAAGGAUUUCUUUUUUUUUUUUUUUUGGAGUGUUCUUGGGCCACGCUUAGGGCGCCCUCCGCAGUGCGCGAAGGGAAGCACGCGGAGGCUGUGGAGAGAGAGCUGCAUGCUGGGUGCGGGGAGAGGUGGGCGAGAAGCUCUAGAAGGAAGAUUUGGGGGCGCGAGGAUGGGGGGUCAGGGUGGGGAGGAAGGGCGAACGGGGACCAUACUAGACUGGAGAGCUAACUAAAAGGGCACGGCCUUAGCGACUGAUGGACGAAGUGUUCCUGGGAGAGGGAGUCUCUGGGGGAAGCAGAGGGCUCCUGAAGCUGGCAGGUUGGUGGAAAGGAGAGGAUCACAGACACGGCAGGGAAGUCUCGUCACUGCGAAGGGGACGCGGCAUCCAUCUGUCUCCGGAAACUGAGCAGAGAGAAGGGGUGAGCACCUGCCCGCUCCCAGUACUUUCUUCUCUACCCUCCGUCCUGAACCGGGGCACCCAGGGCGGGGAGCGGGGAUCACCCGGGACUGCCCACUCGGAGUCACUGAGCUGAAAUGAGCCUGCGGCCUGUAGGUGUGCGAGCCGCGGGGUGUUUGUGACCCCUGGGCCCGGCUUGUGGAGUCCAGUGCGGGUGACAGGUGUGUCGGUCCAGGUGCGCCCCGUCGCAGCGUCAGGUGUCACCAAGGGUCAGAAAGCCCGUAGGCUCAGGGGCAUUUUCCCUGGCUGGGAGGCGGGUGGAGGCGGAGGAGGGAAGGGGUGGGUCUGGGGCUUUUCUAUCACUCAGGGGUCCCACCCCGCUGUUUCGGAGUCGCAUUCAUUACCUUCGAAAAUGCUCAGUCCUUCGGUCCGGGGCGAGGCAGAACGGAGGAUGGAGAUAGAAACAGGUGAGCUCUCGAGCCCGCAGCCUUUCCCCACCACGCGCCCCCACCCACCAUCGCCAAUUUCCUUGGCUCCCUUCACACCCUUCUCCAUCCCCCAGUGCCCUUAGUCAUCCUUGCACCUUCGGAGGAAGGGGCCCGGUGUCGGGAAGGAGAGCCUGCGGCCCGCCUCACCUGGCCUAGUCUCCGCUGGGGCCGCCGCCCGCGCCUCCCCGGGCGCCCCCAGCUCCGCCUGGUCCCCCGGGGCCCGGGCCCUUCCGGCCGCGCUCUCCGCUCUUUAUCUUCUUCCUCGCCAUGUGGCCCCGGAAACUCGCCUGGAUUUUGGCAGCGGCCGCGUUGGCACCCGGAUCGUCCAGAGGGAUGUCUAGAAUGUCGUCGUCCGGCUUCGAGCAGGCGCUCUCCUGAGGGUGGGGUAGCGGGGAGGGGGUGUUUCUUGUGGGGUGACCCGGCCGAGGUCCCCGAGAGGGUGGGGUAGGAGGAGAGACUUUGGGGACUGAGACCAGGGCGACGUGGGAGUGGGAAGCGCAGAGAAGGGGCUAAGGCAGGGCCCGCACUGGGGCAGGGGGAGGGGACGGUGUAUGUGUGUGCUUGUGUGUCUUGGGCAGCGGCAGACCAAAAGGAACGUUCAGGGUCAGGUGGACACAGCUGUGUUCCCAACUCAGGAAAAAGAAGCGCACAGUAGAUGUGCUACAAGACAGCCAGGUAGCCGUAAGUGAGCCACGGCCCAAGCCAGCAGCCCAGUGAGGGGAGCCGUCUAGCUGUCCGCAGGGUGCCUGCAAUUACUGGAGAAGAGCAAAGUAAACCACGGCGGGACUCCUGGACACGGCUGCCUUUCCCCCAUCCUCAGAGGGUGCCUCUGGCUCAGAAGGGUCCCUGCUGAGUCCAGGAUUCCCUGGGGGAGGGUUUAGAAGAAUCAGCAGGCUUUCCCUUUGCUGAGUAAAAUCACCCCAGAGCUCAAAGCUGGGAUGAAGGUGAAGAUGGGGCUUACCCUGCAGUGGAGCAGCCUUCCCCCACCCAGGGCUAGAGGCCAGAGACUGUUUCCCCAUUCAGGUUCUAUUCUGCACUGCUCCAAACACAGGAGAGAAGGGAUGGUCUGCAAGAAGCUACAGAGAAAAGGCUUCACUUCAAAAAAGGACAAAGGAAAGAUAAGCAGGAGCAAGAAGUCCUUUCCAUGAGGUGCGCAAGAGAAAGAAAAGAAUAAUGACAAUAGUUCCUAAUACCAUUGAAGCACUGCCCUUGUUCCAGGCAUGGCAACACAAGGUUUUACAGAUGUUAUUUUAUUUAGCCCUGGCAACAACCCUAUGACAUACCUUUUAUUGUUAUCCCAGUUGACCCUUAAUCAAACUGAGUCAAGUCUUGAAAACCUACCUGAGGUUGUACAGGUAGUUAUCAGGACCAAAGAGUCAAGCCUUUGUAUGUUAGAGUCCAGAGUCUGUUUUUAACCCCUGCCUGUGUAUGUGCUAAGUCGCUUCAGUCGUGUCCGACUCUUUGCGACCCAGUGGACCACAGGCUCUUCUGUCCAUGGGGCUCUCCAGGCAAGAAUACUGGAGUGGAUUGCCCUGCCCUCCUCCAGGGGAUCUUCCCAACCCAGGGAUCGAACCUGUGUCCCAUGUGUCUCCCUGUUCUUUACCACUAGCGCCGCCUGGGAAGCCCCUUUUAAUCCCUACUUUGCAGAUAAGCAAAGACAGUCAAGAAAAUGAACCAUGCUCUACCACUUGCUAAUUGAGUGGUCUUAGGCAAGUUUUCUAAUCUUUUCCUAUCUCCAUUCCUUCAUCUGAAAUCAGGUUCCUCUGGGUCAUGGGGAAGAAUAAACACUGUGAUAUGCAGAAAAUUUCUGGCACAAUCUAGUCGCUCAAUUAAUGGUAGCUAUUAUGAUUCUUUUAAAUAAUGGUAAGUUGAUGCAAGAUAGUUGUUUCUGUAGGUUGAAGCAGUCAUGUAAAAGCAAUAUCAUAGGGAGCAACCAAAAAAUAAGGAGACCCAACCCAACAGCUAUGAGGUGAGGUGGGAAGCUUAAGGUUAACUGUGGAGUUAAAAGGGCAUUUCUCCUUUGAACUGACUUUUUUUUUUUUUUUGCCUGAGGACUUCCACUACUUUCCCUGUGUUUUUGUUUCUCUGGCAGGAGAUGACCAAGGUCUCACAUACUAAGAGUAAUUCAGUUGCAUUCCUUUCUCUUCCCUCCAUCACCCAUCCAGUUCACGGAAUUGAGAUGAGUGUGAGUGGGACCUCAGUGAUCACUGCCCCAACCAGAUCCCACCCCAGGACCUGCAUGGGUUUCAAUCCCAGAUGCUUAAGUCCAGGUUUACAAAUGGCUUCCUCUCAUCAUGGUCCCCAAGGUUGUCUGCAUUUUCUGGGCUUCAGAGAUCUUUGGUUUGCGCUCAAGAUGUCCAAAGUUGAGUUAAGUGCAGGUAAAAGGUGUUAUCAAGGGCUGGGGUGGCUUUGGAGGGGCCCGACACACUCUUUUUGUCUUUCCUGGGUCUAUCCCUCUCUCCCUGACAUCUCAUUCCCCACUUAUAAACAGAAAUCACUCUUUUCUGGAUCCUCGAUUCUUAGAACUCAAACCUUUCUUGGGGAUAUUCUUAGGGAAUGGCAAAAGUUUCUUCUCCAAAGAGGAUAAUGAUCAAAAACGCAUGCCCAACGCCCUCCCCUGAGCCAGCAGCUGUAGCGGUUGAGCGGAGGAAGGGGUAUCUUUCCCCAGAAAUGCUCAGACCCACCUGCUGCCACCACCCACCCCAGCUGCAUCCAGAAUGGAACAACAGGCAGAGCCACCCCCAACUCACUGCUUCUUCACAGAGCCCACUCCCUCUCCCUUCAGCUGAGUUCUCAGGGCAGAGCUGGAGGGACAGUAAAAAGACCCAGGACGGGUGCCUACGUUGGUGCCUUCCAAAACCAAGAUCUGAUGGUGUGUGCCUGAGAGCUCUGCAUGAACUAGGGGGCUUCUGGGAGGGGGAGGUGGACAGUUGUGGGCAAAACACGAGUCAUGGCUCUUGGUCCCAAACAUCACUUCAGCUCUGAGGGUCUCAAUAUCUUCAGCCACAUCUAGAAGUUGGCCCCAAUUAAGGCAGUCUCCUUCAGCUCCCUUGUCCUAAAGGCUUUAAGAAUUAUCCCUGCCUACUGCUUGUCAUAUGCUGGGCCCCGUGCUAAGCACUUUGCACCCGUUGGUGGUGGUGAUGGUUUAGUUGAUCAGUUGUGUCCGACUCUUGCGACCCCGUGGAGCCCACCAGGCUUCUCUGUCCAUGGGAUUUCCCAGGCAAGAAUACUGGAGUGGGCUGCUGUUUCUUGCUCCACGGGAUUUUCCUGACCCAGGGAUUGAACCCGCAUCAUCCGCAUUGCAGGAGGAUUCCUUACUGCUGAGCCAAAAGGGACAUCUUCAUUUAAUCUCUAUUUUACAGGUCAAGAAACACCCGAGAUAUCUUGCAAAUUACCCAAGGUCACAGAGCUGACAAAUAGUGAUGGGAUUCAGAAACCUGUGCUGCGAACUACUUCCUCAGGGCAGGUAAUUAUUUCUAUGAGUUGGAUCAUCAACUAGACUAAGUAAAAAAAAAAAAGUCCAAAACUGUUUCUUUGCCUUUUUAUAUUAAGUGAUUCAGGAAAAGCCUGAUAUUUGUGACUAUGUAAAUUGGCAACUGGUACAUCUGAAUCAACAGCUCUUGCUCUUAAAAAAAAAAAAAAAAAAAAAGGCAGGACUGUUUUCUUCCCAUUUCUGUCUGAGCCUCUUUACCAAGGAGAAAGAAGGGAAUAAGGGAGGCCUAGGCGUUGCCCAAACACCAGGUUGGAGAGCCCAGGAUGGACGGUGAAGAGGGACUGGUUCCCAGCCUCCCAGAUGUGCUUGUUCACUAUGCAUGUCCCAGCUUCCUCCCAGCGCAGAGCUCAGCCCUCCACAGAAUGGAGAUGGGUAGGAAGAUGCUCAGUCCCAGCCCUGCCCCAACCCUCAGCCCGUCGCCUCUUCUCGGACCCCCUGCACAGCCUGGCAGUGGUGCUGUCUCUUGCCCAGCCCUUUAGCCCUGCGCACCUAGGACACGACCUGAAAGGGGGAGGGCGCCUGUGUACAGAAUGCACUGGAGGAGGUGACCCAGAAUACGGGGCAAGUGGGAUAAUUGUGUGUUUGCCUCUGCUGUAUUAUUUGAGUGAGCAGUGUCUUCUUUUUUAGGGGACACUUAUUCCAACCAUGCCCACCAGCCCUUCAGUAUGGCUUUCUGGGCACUCAUGAACAUGGUCCAGGGCAGACCAGAGCCCACAGGCAGGCACCCGACAUCCUACUCUAAUUAGUCCUGCAGGUGCCAGUGGGGACAAGUUACUGUCCUUCUCUGGCUUUUUGGAGUCUUUGCUCUCGCAUUUCUUUCCAUUGACCAUGAUUCCUGACUUAUCUUCCCCACCAUUCUUACCAUCUGGGCAAUAUUUCCUCUCCCCCACAGGCAUACCCAGAACCCACCAUCCAUUUAUUUUCUGUUUUGUAAAACACCACUGGGAGGUGAGGAGCCCAGGAACCUCCAUUAAGAGCCCAGUUCUCCUUUCUCAACCAAAAACUGCUUCCAGGAGAACAACAGAGAGGAAAGGCUGGAAGAAAAUAUGUUAUCGGGGCUUUCUCUAGGGGUGGGAUUGUAGAUGAUUGACAUGUUUCUUUUUUAUACUUUUCUUCAGUUUAAAUUUUUUUUUCUGUUAUGAGCAUAUUACCUUUACAAUGAGGAAAUAUUGGAAAUAUUUAUAGGAGAGGUUAAAUUACAGCUGUUGGAAUCGGACAAGUCUAGUGUUCCACCUCCACACUUAGAAGCUGUGCUUCCUUAGGCAAAUCAUUUAAUCUUUCUAAACCUCAUUUUGCACAUCUGUAAAAUGGAAAAAUAUCUACCUCACAGGAUUGUCAUGAUGGUUAAAUAUAAAGUGUUAGGUACAUGGUAAGCAUUCAUAAAUUGACAACAAUUAUUUGUAUUAAUAAGAGCUAAACAUCAUAACAACAGCCACAACCACUUGCCCCUUUCUUUCUGCCUCUUGGUACUCAGACACAGGGAACCCUCACCUCUUGUAAAUUGGGCUAUUCCUUCCAUCCAAACCUUAUUUUCCCCCCUUUUUAAGCCAUACGGUGGAGGGUGGGGAGCAGGCAAAGUUAUAACUUCUUGUGUCAUUAGCUGGGUUGACCAAAUGGCUGAGAAUACAAGGGCUUUGGAGUCGGACUUCCUCUAUAUGUAAGGACUAAAAAUAAAUACAUGAAAGUAACAAGUAAAUAAACAAAUACAAACAUAUCGUAUACACGUAUGAUCACCACUCCUCGUAUGUGCCAGGAGCCUGGUCCUGUGCUAGGCGCUUUCAUGCCCGCAGCUUUAACAGCAACCUGCUUUGGCGUCAGGUCUCCUUGUGGGCGCUGACAAAUUGCAGACACUUCCUUCCCUCGCCAGCAGGGCUCUCUCGCGGUCACUUCACCCAGCCCCCUCCAGAGCUAGAAAGCGUUGGAGGCCGGGCCAAUCCCUCCCCAGGACCACAUGGACUAGGCUCUUCGCUGCCCAUCAGUACUAAGAUGAGGAUGUGAAGAACUUUCAGGGGUUGAAGAAUUUACCCAAGCUUCCACUGGCAUGAAAUGCAAGAGCCCGGAUUAAAACCCAGAAGAGAAUGAUAAUAUUAUCCUAAAUCUGAAUAAUGAUUUACAAGGUGUUUCCACAA